AUAUUACGCAAUGAAUUCCAGUUCAGAAUAGACCACCUGUAGUCUGAUUUCGAUAAGGACUUUAGGUUAAAGUUCCUUUAAACAGUAAGGUUUUUAAACGCUGUUUCGAGUUUGCCAUUAGGCUAUUACUACGCAUACGAAGACGGUUGGUGCUGUUUUUCGUAAAAGUACGGGAAAGACCAUAAAGGACACCGACAUGGAGAUCCCCGUGCUUGAUUUCGAAGUGUGUCGUCUCGGUGAAAAUGUGACGGAUGAGAAGCUGACGGAGCUGAGCCGGGACCUGCGCACAGCUUUCACUGAUGUUGGGUUUGUGUACCUGAAGAACACUGGCAUAGCCCAAGACGAGGUCGAUGAGAUUAUGGAAAUAUCGAAAAAAUUCUUUCUCCUCCCGACUGAAGCUAAAGCCCCUUUUAGCAGAACGAAGAACACCGAUGUCCACGGCUGGAUGGGCCCCGGGAUUGAGAGGUUAAAUCCUAGUAGACCGGGAGGCUUAAAGGAGUCCUUCAACAUCACCUUUCUGCAGCCUGAUGCUGGCUGGCCUGCAGAGGAGGUGGUACCAGGUUUCCGCCAGACUAUUGAGUCAUUCUUCAUGCGGUGUAAAGAUCUGUCCCUCCGCGUGCUCAGAGUCAUGGCCUUGAGUCUGGACAUUGACGUGGACAUCUUUGUCAACUCGCACAAGAGCAUAGGGAGCGAUUUGAAUAAGAGUACCCUGCGGAUCCUGUACUACCCCCCAGUGAGACAUGAGAUGGUGAAAGAGAGGCAGCUGCGGUGUGGGGAGCACUCUGACUACGGCAGCAUCUCCAUGCUGUUCCAGGACAGCAAAGGAGGCCUGCAGGUGAUGAAUAGGUCUGGGGAGUACGUAGAUGCACCUGCCAUUCCUGGCACAGUUCUGAUCAACAUCGCAGACUUGAUGCAGAGAUGGACAAGCGACGUUUUCAUAUCAGUGAAUCACAGGGUUUUGCUGCCCCCUCCUGGUGAUAUGAGUAUCAGACAGUCUGUGGCUUUCUUUGCGCAUCCAGAUGAUGACGUCACCAUAACUUGUUGCGAUGGAUCAAACAAAUAUCCUCCAGUGAAGUCGUGGGCCUACAGUUUGGAACGCGUUAAUGACUCAUAUGGGAAAAUGGAGACAACUUCUUGAAGUGCUCUGUUUAAAAAUUCAAGUGUUCCUAUUAGUACUUUUUCCUUGUAAGAAUCACUUUGAUU